CUCUCUCUCUCUCUCUCUAUGUGCAUGUGUUUCCAAACCAUUCUCACCCACUCUCUCCAAACACCAUUAAAUUCCUCUAUUUAUGUCCUUGUACAUAACCACCACCCCUGCUUUAUUUUUCCUUUUUCUUUUUUUUUUUCCUUCUAUUUCCCCCUCUUCUUUUUGAUCUUCAUGUGUGUUGGAACUUGGAAACGGAGGUGAAGUAGAGAGAAGCAGAGUUUCUUUUCGGGUGAGCUUCAGAAUCUCUGAGAUCUAAGCCCCUCUUUUUUGCUUCGAGCUCAGUGUUGUUCUCUGAUACAUACAUAAUCUUUUUCACUUCCCUUAAAAGGUUCUGGUGCCAAAUUGUUAGGGAGUAGAAUAUUUUGCGGUUUCGGAUAUGGGGAAAUCUCCGGGGAAGUGGAUCAAGAGAGUGCUUUUCGGGAAGAGAUCGUCGAAAUCUCGGUCAGCGAAAGAUGAGGGAGAGGAUUCCUUGAAGAAUCGAAGUGAUGAUGAAGGGUCUGUCGGGGGACCGGGAACUGCGUCAGAUGAGAAUUCCUUCGUGAUCUCUGAUAUCGUGCUUGUUAGCAACGAAGGCGUCAGAACUAUCCCAACGCUCGGGAAUGGGUUACCUUCCGCUUUACAGGGCGACGAAGCCGUUGUGGGCGCCGUGAGUCAAAAUGGAGGAUCUGCUGAAUCGAGUAAUCCCGAAUAUCUUAGGGAAGAGCAUGCUGCUGUAAAGGCACAAGCUGCCUUUCGCGGUUAUCUGGCACGCAGGGCGUUCCGAGCAUUAAAGGAUGCCGUACGACUGCAAGCCCUAAUUCGCGGACAUCUGGUGAGGAGACAAGCCAUUGCAACUCUUCGUGCCAUGCACGCAAUCGUGCAGUUCCAAGCUCUAUUUCGUGGCAGAAGUGUUAGGCGCUCUAGUGUCACCUUUGAAGUCACUACGAUGUUUUGGCAACAGAAGGAUGGUAAACCCCUGGAUGCCUGGAGGGUGGAGUUGUCGAGUAAUGCAUUCAUUUACAGGCUUCUUUCUUCAAUGGCUGCUACAAAUCCUGUACACGUCGAAUACGAUCAAGGAGAUUCCAAUUCCGUCUUCAGCUGGUUGGAGAGAUGGACAGUAUCUCAAUUCUGGAAACCGAUUUCCCAACCAAGAAAGAUUGUUGACCCAAAAUCUCAGCCAAAGAGCCAUCGUUAUGCUACCAAAACUGAAUCAGCAAAAUCUAAGCGCAUUGCGCAAAGACAUCAAUCAGCAACUAUUGAAUCUGGUCAGAGAAACGUUCCCAGACGCAACGCGAGAAAAAUUGCUACCUCUCCUGUUGAUCCAGAACGUCCUCAAACGGAGCUUGAAAGGGUCAAGCGUAAUUUGAGAAAGGUAUCUAAUUUGAUGACAGAGGCAUCUGAACAGAGAGUGGUCGAAGAUAACAACAUGCCAAGCUCGAUAUCUGAUAUCCCUGGUAAGGGGAGUGAUGAUUUAUCGGAUCAAGCGAGGAAUGAUGCUCUUCUACCACCUGAAGCCGAGCAUGAUAAGGAAAUAGCUUUGGAAAAUGCCGCGACAGCAGAAUGGCAGUUUGAUGCGGUAAACGAUGUUAGUCCUGCAGUCGAAUUGAAGCCAUCGCAGAGCAUCAGUGACGCAGAGAAUGCAAUAGUAGUGAAUGAGGAGGAGCCGACCUUCAAGGUCGAACAAAAUAGCCCUAAAGCUCAUAAAAUGAGGAAGAGGUCUUCUUUCUGGGAAAUUCCAGUGAAUUCAGAAAACACAGUGAAAAAGGCUCCUAUUUUACCGAGCUAUAUGGCGGCGACUGAAUCAGCAAAAGCAAAACUGAGGGAACAGGUCUCACCUGGGUUUGUCGGGGAUUCGGUUGAGAAAAAUGCCUUCACACACCGCCAUUCUCUGCCAUCUUCUACCAACUGCAAGCUGAAUUCACAGACACCGCGCACGGGAAGAAUGAUACUUACCGGUAACAAGGGAGUGAUCAAGAGCGACAAGUCACUCUUUUCGACCAGAGAUGGAACAGAUAGAGCAAUCCAAGUUGGAUGGAGGCGUUGAUGUCGCGAAAAGCAACAUCUGCUGCAGCUCUUGCUUCUGUUGUUUUAUAUGUAAUGUGAAGACAUUGUGCUAUUUCAUGUAACAAUUGAGUUGUUGUGUUGAAUGACUCUUUAUAAUACUGCAUCUGUAAUGUGCGUUAUGUCUUAUACGUUUGUAAAAGUUUGGUCGUGCUCAUAAGCAGAUGACGAAAAGAGAACACCUACAAAUACGCGUUAAUUUUACACCGAAUUCAUUCACAAA